AUGAUGUGGACUGGUUUGAAGUUGGCAGCCGAUAACAGUUUCUACGUGAAGAAUCCGGAAAAUAACGAAUGGGGAGAGUUGUUGAGGAAGAGCCUUCAAGAAAAGUCACACUCGCUGUGCUGCCACUGCUCGUGUAAAAACCGUCUGGCAUCCAUGAAAUGUUGGAAGAGUCCACGCAUACGACCAGCUGAACUUGUGCUGCUGCUGCUCCAUGGAGAAGAGAACGCACACUCAAAAACUGAAGGAUUUGCAAUAGAAAGAAUGAUAAAAGAUGAAGUAAGAAGAAAGUUGGCACCUAAUGCUACUUAA